GAUUACCAGGAUUUCCGUGCAGCUGUAAAAGUACUCUUCGCGCAUGGGAGUGGCAAGCAGGUCUCCGAACUUCCUUCUGUGGACGACGUGCUGUUGCAGCUGGCCGAGAUGCUUUGGCGUGCCGACUUCCCGGAAGGCAUCGAAGAGCACCGGCGAUUCAUGGAAGGUUUCUGCUUGAGCCUGCCCAAGCUACUGAUUCCCACGUGGGAGCACCUCAUUGCGCAGAGUGCCCCUGCCGGCACGGAGGAACCAG